UACCUAUGCCGGAUGUAGUUUUACGGCAAAGUGUGGUGUUUUCGUUUUGCCUGUAAUACAAACUCCUUCGUGGAGCACCCCUAACCAUUUUGUUCAUUUUUAAUAAUAUACUAAAAACGUUGGUGCACGAUAGCGUAGAUUUGUAAAGUACAUACUUUAGUUAUCUAAGAAAGCAUGUCAGUUGUUCCUCCAAAUCGCUCGUCUACUGGCUGGCCGCGCGGAGUUAAUCAGUUCGGAAACAAAUACAUUAGCCCACCGGCUAAACCUCUAACCCUGGAGAGAACCAUCAACCUAUAUCCUCUGACCAAUUACACGUUCGGAACAAAAGAGCCCCUGUAUGAAAAGGACAGUUCGGUGGCCGCCAGGUUCCAGCGCAUGCGCGAAGAGUUUGAGAAGAUCGGGAUGAGGCGCACGGUGGAGGGAGUGCUGAUCGUGCACGAACACAGACUGCCUCAUGUCCUUCUGCUGCAGCUGGGAACCACCUUCUUUAAACUCCCUGGUGGAGAGUUAAACCCAGGAGAGGAUGAGGUAGAGGGCUUAAAACGGCUGAUGACGGAGAUCUUGGGGCGUCAAGACGGCGUGAAGCAGGACUGGGUGAUUGAUGACUGCAUUGGAAACUGGUGGAGACCCAAUUUUGAACCACCACAGUACCCCUACAUUCCAGCUCACAUUACUAAGCCCAAGGAACAUAAGAAGCUGUUCUUGGUUCAGUUGCAAGAGAAAGCUUUGUUUGCAGUACCAAAAAACUACAAGUUGGUGGCAGCCCCCUUGUUUGAGCUCUAUGACAAUGCUCCUGGAUACGGACCAAUUAUAUCCAGCCUUCCUCAGUUACUCAGCAGAUUUAACUUCAUCUACAACUGAUGGGCAUGCAGUCCAGAAGGCUGUCUCUGUGAGUGCAGUCAAAGAAUACAUAGACUGGAAUAAGUGGCUCCUUUCUAUGACCUGAAACCUGAAAAGAUUUGGCUAGAGUCCAAUCCAGUUUUGUAAUUUUCAUGUUUUUGUCCAUUUAGGUUUUGUCAUCACUGCAUUGUAAUUUUUAGAUUUUAGUGUUGAAUUACUUCUUCAUUUACCAAAAUAGCUACAUUUUAUGUUCAGUCACAUGUGAAUGCAAUGGCUUUAGUCAAUAAAAUGUGAUUCAAGA